CACCGCCCCAUCUUACAUGCUGAUGCGUCCCCAGGCGUAGGUAAGUAUAUGAGCCACUCGCCGCCCCCAUGGGCCCGAUCUGACUGCCAUCCUAUUUCCCGAUCGACAGGGUGACCUUGACGCUCGCAGCAUCGUCGAGUCACCAAUUCAACCAUCAUGGAGGAGGACAAGGAGAAAGUCUCGUACUCCUUGGGAGUCCCUGAAGGCAAGGAUGAUUCCGACAGCACCGCAACCGUCAUGGGGGAAGAUCCCACCGUCACCCCCCGCAAUCCCGGCGUCAGUCUGGCCGAUGGAUGGGCGUUGAUGCCUCAGGUCAAGAUGCAGAACGAGCGGGACAUGCAAUCGGGCUUCAAACGCAAGGAACUCGGAGUCACCUGGAAGAACCUAUCCGUCGAAGUCGUCAGCGCCGAGGCCGCCGUCAACGAGAAUUUCCUCUCCCAAUUCAACAUCCCUCAGCACGUCAAAGAGUCCCGAAACAAGCCGCCGCUUCGAUCCAUCCUUCAGAACAGCCAUGGCUGCGUUAAACCGGGUGAGAUGCUGCUGGUUCUGGGUCGCCCCGGCUCCGGUUGUACCACCUUGUUGAAAAUGCUGUCCAAUCGGCGUUUGGGUUACAAGUCGAUUGAAGGGGAGGUCCGGUAUGGAUCAUUAACGUCGGAUGAGGCUGCCCAGUACCGUGGCCAGAUCGUCAUGAACACCGAGGAAGAAGUCUUCUUUCCCACUCUCACAGUCGGUCAAACGAUGGAUUUUGCAACGCGCUUGAAGGUCCCUUUCAACCUCCCGAAUGGCGUCGAGUCUCCCGAAGCCUAUCGACAGGAAGCAAAGAACUUCCUCCUGGAAUCCAUGGGUAUCUCGCAUACAAAUGACACCAAGGUUGGCAAUGAGUACGUUCGUGGUGUCUCGGGUGGUGAGCGGAAGCGUGUUUCGAUCAUCGAAUGUCUGGCCACCCGUGGCUCCGUUUUCUGCUGGGACAACAGCACCCGUGGGUUGGACGCCAGCACGGCCCUUGAAUGGACCAAGGCCAUUCGAGCCAUGACUGACGUCCUGGGCCUGUCGUCAAUCGUCACUCUUUACCAAGCCGGAAAUGGUAUCUACGACCUAUUCGACAAGGUGCUCGUGCUGGACGAAGGCAAAGAGAUCUACUACGGUCCCAUGGCCGAGGCGCGGCCGUUCAUGGAGGACCUUGGCUUCGUCUGCCGGGAGGGCUCGAACGUGGCAGACUAUCUCACCGGUGUCACUGUCCCCACCGAACGUAAGAUCAAGCCGGGAUAUGAGAACCGCUUUCCUCGCAAUGCGGAAAUGAUUCUAGCCGAAUACGUCAAGUCGCCCAUUUAUACGCAGAUGAUUUCGGAAUACGACUACCCUGACACGGAUCUCGCACGCGAGCGCACCUCCGAGUUCAAAGAAUCUGUCGCCCAAGAGAAGAAUACGAAACUCCCCAAGUCUAGUCCCUUGACGGUGGACUUUGUCACCCAGGUCAAGACCUGCGUCACCCGGCAAUAUCAGAUCAUCUGGGGUGAUAAAGCCACUUUCUUCAUCAAGCAGAUGGCCACCUUAGUCCAGGCGCUGAUUGCUGGCUCGCUCUUCUACAACGCUCCUAACAACUCUGGUGGUCUGUUCGUCAAGUCUGGUGCUUUGUUCUUCUCACUGCUCUACAACAGUCUGCUGGCCAUGUCGGAAGUUACCGACUCCUUUAGCGGUCGACCGGUGUUGAUCAAACACAAGAGCUUCGCAUACUUCCACCCCGCUGCCUUCUGUAUCGCCCAGAUUACUGCCGAUAUCCCGGUCCUUUUGUUCCAAGUUAGCGUGUUCUCUCUCGUGGUGUAUUUCAUGGUGGGCCUCACCAUGUCGGCCUCGGCAUUCUUCACGUAUUGGAUCAUAGUCUUCACUGCAACCAUGGUUAUGACAGCGCUCUUCCGCGCGGUCGGUGCCCUUUUCAGCACCUUCGACGGCGCGUCCAAGGUCUCCGGUUUCCUCAUUUCCGCUUUGAUCAUGUACACGGGUUAUAUGAUCAAGAAGCCUCAGAUGCACCCAUGGUUCGGCUGGAUCUACUGGAUCAACCCUCUGGCGUAUGGUUUUGAUGCACUCCUAUCUAACGAAUUCCACGGCAAGAUCAUUCCCUGCGUGGGAACGAAUCUCAUUCCCAGUGGAGAGGGUUAUAAUGGAGACGGACAUCAGUCGUGCGCUGGUGUUGGUGGCGCCAUCCCCGGAAACACUUAUGUCACUGGAGACCAAUACCUGUCCUCUCUCUCCUACAGCCAUAGCCAUGUGUGGCGCAAUUUCGGUAUCCUCUGGGCUUGGUGGUUCCUCUUUGCUACCGCCACUAUCAUUGCCACAUCCCGGUGGAAGUCUCCUGGUGAGACCGGUUCUUCUCUUCUUAUUCCCCGUGAGAGGGUGGACGCGCAUCGCCAGGUCACCCGCCCCGACGAGGAAUCCCAGGUCAACGAAAAAGCCAACAAGAAGCCCCACGAUGAGAGCAUGCAGGAUGAGAGCGAUCUUGACAAGCAGCUCGUCCGGAACACGUCCGUUUUCACUUGGAAGGAUCUCACCUACACGGUCAAGACGCCCUCGGGUGACCGUGUGCUGCUCGAUAACGUGUAUGGAUGGGUGAAGCCUGGCAUGUUGGGUGCCCUGAUGGGCUCCUCUGGUGCCGGAAAAACCACCCUCCUUGACGUGUUGGCCCAGCGUAAGACUGAAGGAACUAUUCAGGGCUCCGUUCUUGUUGACGGACGCCCUCUGCCGGUCUCGUUCCAGCGCUCUGCCGGUUACUGUGAACAACUUGAUGUCCACGAGGCAUUCGCCACUGUGCGUGAGGCAUUGGAAUUCUCUGCCUUGCUCCGCCAGCCGCGUCAUGUGCCCCCCGAGGAGAAGUUGAAAUAUGUGGACACCAUUAUCGAGCUUCUGGAACUGCACGACAUCGCUGAUACUCUCAUUGGCCGGGUUGGAAGCGGAUUGAGUGUGGAACAACGCAAGCGUGUCACGAUCGGUGUCGAAUUGGUCUCGAAGCCUAGCAUUCUCAUCUUCCUUGAUGAACCCACGUCAGGUCUUGAUGGUCAAUCCGCAUAUAAUACGGUCCGUUUCCUGCGCAAGCUCGCCGAUGUGGGUCAGGCUGUGUUGGUGACCAUCCACCAGCCUUCCGCUCAACUGUUUGCCGAAUUCGAUACGCUUCUACUCCUUGCCAAGGGAGGAAAGAUGGUCUACUUUGGUGAUAUCGGCGACAACGGUCAAACCGUGAAGGAUUACUUCGCUCGCUACGGAGCUCCUUGUCCCCCGGGCACCAACCCCGCUGAGCAUAUGAUCGAUGUCGUGUCGGGAACUCUCUCUCAGGGUCGUGAUUGGAAUGAUGUUUGGAAGAAUUCCCCUGAGCACACCAAUGCCGUCAAGGACCUGGAUGCCAUCGUCAGUGACGCAGCCUCCAAGCCGCCCGGUACUGUCGAUGAUGGCAACGAAUUCGCCAUGCCGCUCUGGAAGCAGAUUUACAUCGUGACCAAACGUUCCUGCGUCGCCGUCUACCGCAACACCGACUACGUUAACAACAAGCUGGCCCUCCACGUCGGCUCGGCUCUCUUCAACGGAUUCUCCUUCUGGAUGAUUGGUGACCAUGUCGGUGCGCUCCAGCUCCGCCUUUUCACCAUCUUCAACUUCAUCUUCGUCGCCCCUGGUGUCAUCAACCAACUGCAGCCCCUCUUCCUGGAACGCCGUGACAUCUACGAUGCCCGCGAAAAGAAAUCCAAAAUGUACUCCUGGAUCGCCUUUGUGACUGGCCUCAUCGUCUCCGAAAUCCCUUACCUCUGCAUGUGCGCUGUCCUCUAUUUUGUCUGCUGGUACUACACCGUCGGCUUCCCUUCAGACUCGAACAAAUCUGGUGCCGUUUUUUUCGUCAUGUUGAUGUACGAAUUCGUUUACACCGGUAUUGGCCAAUUCGUGUCCGCCUACGCCCCCAAUGCCAUCUUCGCCUCCCUCAUCAACCCCGUGAUCAUCGGAACUCUCGCCUCCUUCUGUGGUGUCUUGGUGCCCUACGCCCAAAUCCAGGAAUUCUGGCGCUACUGGAUCUACUACAUGGACCCCUUCAACUACCUGAUGGGCAGUCUGUUAGUCUUCACCACCUUCGACGCCCCCGUCAACUGCAAGGAAUCCGAAUUCGCCAUCUUCAGCCCCCCCAACGGAUCAACCUGCCAACAAUACCUGGCCAAUUACAUGAGCGGGGCCGGCGCGCGCAUGAACCUCAUCAACCCCGAGGCGACGAGUGACUGCCACGUUUGCGAAUAUUCCCGGGGAAGUGACUACCUUUACACCAUCAGCCUGAAGGAUUACUACUACGGCUGGCGGGACGCAGCUAUUGUUGCUCUCUUUGCCAUCAGCUCGUACGCCUUGGUCUAUGCUCUCAUGAAGUUGCGUACCAAGGCUUCCAAGCAGGCGGAGUAAGCCAUUGCAUUAUCUCCACCUACUUUCUUCCUCAUCCAACCACUACCCAUACACAAUUCCAUCCGUUUUUGUAUCCCAUCUUUGCAUAUAGACAGAUACACCUUUUGGCCCUCCCCCUAUUUCUAUUCCUAUCUUCUCUUCUGAUAUAUCCCCGAUACGAACCUGUCACUCAGGUCGUCGCCUCGGGCG